AUGGACACCUUAUCCACGGCCCAAGGACGAGCUCAUCAUCUCUCCUUAUGGAAAUACAGUAACAUCUUCGUAGUAAGUUUGUCUGUAGCAGACCUGGUGGUGGCCUUGUACCCUUACCCCCUGGUCCUGACAGCCAUCUUCUACGAUGACUGGACUAUGGGUGACCUGCACUGUCAGGCCAGCGGCUUCAUCAUGGGCCUAAGCGUCAUUGGCUCCAUCUUUAACAUCACAGCCAUCGCCAUCAACCGGUACUGCUACAUCUGCCACAGUCUCCACUACGACCGCCUGUACAGCCUGAGGAACACCUGCUGCUACCUGGGCCUCACCUGGCUGCUCACCGCUAUUGCCACAGUGCCCAACUUCUUUGUUGGCUCGCUGCAGUAUGACCCUCGUAUCUACUCCUGCACCUUCGCCCAGACAGUCAGCUCAUACUACACCAUCUCUGUGGUGAUUAUUCACUUUCUGAUCCCACUGCUGGUGGUGUCCUACUGCUACAUGAGGAUAUGGGUGCUUGUAAUACAAGUGAAACAUCGGGUUAAACCAGAGCAAAGGACCAAACUGAAACCAAGUGAUGUGAGGAACUUUCUUACUAUGUUUAUGGUGUUUGUGUUGUUUGCAGUGUGCUGGGCUCCGCUGAACCUCAUAGGCCUGGCUGUGGCUAUAAACCCUGUGAAAGUUGCGCCCAACAUACCUGAGUGGCUCUUUGUCACAAGCUACUUCAUGGCAUAUUUCAACAGCUGCCUCAACGCCGUCAUAUAUGGACUACUAAACCAAAACUUUCGCAAAGAGUACAAGACGAUCCUUCUCGCUCUUUGCAUCCCACGUUUGCUCCUCAUGGAGACCUCCAGGUGUGCCACAGAGGGACUGAAGAGUAAGCCCUCGCCGGCUGCAACAAACAACAAUGUAGCAGAGUUAAAUGUAUAAACUUGUUGUUUUAUUGGGAAAUUUGGAUUUCUCCGGAGUUUGUGGAUGUGUGCCAUGAUUCACCCAGUGCCUUUUCACAAGAUGUGUUUCUUUUUCCAGUCGUAAAGAUGUAAUCAUGUUUGAAGAGGAUGCUGCUGCCAUCGUAUUUCUGUCAGCCAUGUCAGACUCUGUUUCCUCAUGUUGAGAGGGAAACAAUCCAUUGUAUCUUGGGUACAUACCUUUUGUGACCCUCUAGUCUACCUGGUAAACAAGCAAGAAAAAAAGUCUGAGUAAGUACUCACCAAAAAACAUUUGGACAGUGGAGUAUAAUCUACAGUAAAUCAACACAUACUGUAUAGUUUAUUGUUUGGAUGUGAGACUUCACUUUUCAAGCCACAUCCCAACGAGUGUACAUCAUGUGCAUGAGAAUGACUCACAGCCUAUUUGCACAGAUUGAUUUUGUC